GAUCGAUAUCAUUUUUUUGAAAUUUAAAUGGUGAUUGUGCUGGCUGAAGUAGCAGGGGCCAUCCACAUUUAUUUUUUUGAGGCGCCGAGUUUCAGCUGUGGCGUCAAAACUUUCAAAACGGCAGUUGAUGAGAGUUCACCUCGGUUUAUUGGUCACCGCCGGCGUUUGCUUGGAUCAAAGCAAACACGGAUGGUUCGGCGGUUGGGGCGCCUGGUCGUAUUUGUGCAGGGGGAGUUUUCAGAGAUUGGCGAGGGUUUGUAAAGGGCUGUUUCCAUGUGGAAGGAGGUACGGGGUAUGCGUUUGAGGCGGAGCUUUUAGGUAUUAUUACGGCUAUAGAGUUUGCCCAUCAUUGUGGCUGGUUGAAGAUCUGGUUUGAAGCGGAUUCGGCUUACGUUGUUAACGCUCUUAUGACUAAAUCUAGCAAAGUUCCUUGGAGGUUCCAGGCUUUUGUGGAGACGAGCUCUUUCUUUCCUUGAUCAUAUGGAUUUUAGAAUAACUCAUAUCUUUAGAGAAGGGAAUGCUCCUGCGGACAUUAUGGCUAGUCCACACACCCCCGAGGGACGUUGGACUCACAGUAUUCCGCUGAUUUACGAUGCCGUCAUUAGGGAUCUUUCGGUGCAUAGCUAUGUACGGCAAAAAUAGUGAUUUUCUGGAUGGGGACUUUCGACAUACAAUAGGCGGGCUCGCCUAUAUAGAUUGGAGUAGGAGCUGGGCUGUUGGAUGGUGCCUUUUUCUGAACUCACACGACUUCAUGGGUUCUGUUCGAAUUCAGAGUUGUUCUUGGCAUUUAAACGGCCUCCGCCUUGGGUGUAUUCCGGGCUUUUUGUCAAAUACUUGGUGGUCUUGCUGUUGCUGCUUUGGGAGAGCCGUCUGGGCUGGGCAGCGUCUGUGGAAGUGCUCGAGAGCUUACGGAGUGUCUGGGGUUCUCCGUUGCUGUGUUGGGAGAGCUCCCGUCUGGGCUGGACAACAUGCUGUGGAGGUGCUGGAGAGCUUACGGGGAGAUGUAGGGCAUAAAGAAGUGUUGCGGCGACGGCAUAUAACCGGCCGCACUACUUUGCAUGCUCGUUGGGGCUCUCCGGUUGGGUCUCGCUGUUUGUUGAUGGCGGGUAGGCAGAGGAUAGGUUGGCGGCGACGACAUCUUACCGAUCAAACAACCUUCCGGCAUGAUUUCUGGACGAGGAUUUUUCGGCGUUCUCGGUUUAGGCGACGGCAUCUCACCGGCCUCAACUGGAACCUCCUCGCUGACUCUCCUCGGUUCCCUAAUUUUUUGGUCUUAGAGCUGUGGGAUGGUUUAUGGCAACGGAGUAUAACCGGUCAUACCCCUCACGGUUCGAUGAUAGAGCAUAGGGCGACGGCGUAUCACCGGCCUUUUGCUCUUUCUGUGUGUCUUUUUCGGUGGUCAGUUGGCGACGGCGUCUCACCGGCCUUCUGGCUUUGUCAUCUGUUUUGUUUUUGUUCCUUUUUUCUGAGCCGGAAUGGUUUAGGGACGAUGGUUAGGCCGGAGUUCCUGAAACUUUCUCUUCCGCUCUUCUUUUUUGCUUUUCUAGACGGGUACUCUUUUUCCCUCUUACGGUUUUUCCCAUGGGGUUUUCUGUAGGAGGGUUUUAACGAGGCCCGGCCCUUAGUUUGCGUUUCUGUGCUCUCAAGCGUUUAGUUCUCUCGCUUUUGUUUUCUCCUUUUUUCGUUCUUUUAUAAAAAUACAAUUUAAUUAAUCUAUAACUCUCUUUUUGUUGUUUA